GGACAGGGGACCUGGGACUCCGGCCGGCCCCUUGGGGCGGGGGCGGGCGCCCAGGGAGGCGGGGAGAAGGCCGGGCUGCAGCGGCGGCGAAGCGAGCUCGGCUCGGCGGAGGAGCGACUCGGAAGGGAAACGCGCUCGGCAGACCCUGGGUGGAGGAGUAAGCAGAGUAUACUCAACUAGAAGAAAAGCAAGGCCAAGGUCAUCAUGGCUUCAGUGUCUACUCAGGGAAACCAAGAUAAAGAUCCCCAUUUGCCGCCACCAAAGAAGCAGAGCCUGUUAUUUUGUCCAAAAUCAAAACUCCACAUCCACAGAGGAGAGAUUGUAAAGAUUAUCCGAGAAUGUCAAGAAGAAAGUUUCUGGAAGAGAGCCCUGCCUUUUUCUCUUGUAAGCAUGCUUGUCACCCAAGGACUAGUCCACCAAGGUUAUUUAGCAUCUAAUCCUAGAUUUGGAUCAUUGCCUAAAGUUGCACUUGCUGGAAUCUUGGGAUUUGGAUUUGGAAAAGUAUCAUACAUAGGAGUCUGCCAGAGUAAAUUCCAUUCCUUUGAAGAUCAGCUCCGUGGGGCUGGAUUUGGUCCAGGGCAUAAUAGGCACUGCCUGCUCACCUGUGAAGAAUGCAAAAUAAAGCAUGGAUUAAGCGAGGAGAGAAGUUCACAGCCUUCGGCUUCCUAAACUCUAUGGCUUUGAAGUUUCUUAAACCUCUGAAUUUGCACACAUGGACACUUGAGACUGUGUUGCAUCUCCUGUCUGGAGGGGAGAUAGGAGGAUAGAGAGGGUUAGAAAUUGGCAAAAUCGUCACAAAAAGAGAGACUGGAAGGAGGGAGCGGGCUGACUCAUUAGGGGGAGAGUAAGUGGGAGUAUGGAGUAAGGUGUAUAUAAGCUUAUAUGUGACAAACUGACUUGAUUUCUAAACUUUCACUUAAAGCACAAUAAAAAUUAUUAAAAAAAAAAUUUCAAAUAACAGAUUUAUAUUGGUCCAGAAAUAUUGUGAUUCCCUGACUCUUACUGAUGCUUUCUGAUGGAGGACAGGAGUGAAAAUUAAGGGAGUUGGGAAGUAAUGAGGCAAGAAAACUAAUUUGUAUGCAGAAAGAAAUACAAGGAAAGAGUGUGUCUUAUAGGUAUGGGAAGCACUUUCUAAAAUAAUUUCUCAAUGUGCUCAAUUGCUAACCGAAAGGUUGGAGGCUCAGGUCCACCCAAAGGCACCUCAGAAGUAAGACCUGGUGACCUAAUUCCAAAAAAUAAGCCAUUGAAAAUCCUCUGAAGCACAGUUCUGCUCUGACACACAUGGGGUCGCUAUGAGUCAGAAUCAACUUGGCAGCAACUGGUAACAACAUGACCUGAAGGAAUAAAUACAACUUCCCAAACUGUCCCCCAUCCUCCCAAGGAGCAGCUUAUUUAUAGGAAGAAUCACUGGAAGAAUUGACUCUAGAACCAUAAACUUCUACGGCUUUAGGGAGCUCAGAAGCAGCCAAUCCAAUACUAAGAGUUAGCUCUUGGCUGUUCUCCUACCAGGUGUUUUUUUUUUUUUUUGCACACACACACAAAAAAAUAGUAACAACGAUAAAAACUUCUCUUGCAUCUUCUCAGGAGUAUGCUUUAUAUGUGUGUCACCAUUCAUACGUAGUGUGUGUAUGUGUUUUACUUAAUAUAUCUUGACCCUCUACCAGGGAGGUAAAAAGAAAAAUUUAAUCCAAAGCAAAUACCUGAUAUGAAGUACCUAUUUAAACAUUAAAAAUAUUUGGAAGUUUGCAUUUUUACAUGAAGUAUGUGAAAUGGAAUGAUUUUGAAUAACCGCCUUAUUAUAUACCCUGUUUUUUCAAUCAAUAAAUUUCUAUUUCUGAAAUCAGAAUGUGGAGCCAAUAUCCUAACUUCUUGGAUGCAGUUUAACUCUUGGCUCUGACUAGUAAUUGGCGACUGUCUGUAUCUCAGCUUCUGGCAGAAAUUCAGAAUUGGGCACAUUUGUUUCCCACAUCCCAGAAAAUGAUUUCCCAGGGACCAGAACAUUUCAUGUUGCUAAGCACAGCAAGUCGAUGAUAUAAUCAGUAUUGAGGCACUGGGAAAAGAUGAGUCUAUUAUUGUUGAAACAGAACAUUCUUUUUACUGCUGACAUCUUAAUAGUUCUUCUCAAUCAAAUGGGGUUUAUUAUUUGGGCUGUCUGGUUUUCCUAAGUAGUUUAGGUAUUCAUUAAAGCAGUUUAUCAUAGUGAUCUAUUUUAGUGGGAAAGGAAAUCAAUAAGGGAAAAACUGGAAGGUCAUCCAAGAAGUCUUGGUUAUUCUGCUGCAUAUCUGUUGUGUAUGUUAAGAAGCAAGUCUCUGGGGAAAAUGUCUGUUUCUUGCAGGACAAUGUGUUAAAGCAUAGCAUCCGUCUUUUAGCAUUUAGAAAUUACCAACACUCAUCACCAAGCUGGUCACAGGUUAUAGGAGGAAAAAUCUUCAUAACGAAAAAAAAAAAAAACCUUGGCAAAGAACAGCAAGAUAAAGUUGCAGAUGUAUUAAUUGGACAACAUGUUAAAAGUUGGAUGUCUAACAAACUUUGUUGGCAAACUUUCCCUAUUACCAUAUCUACUGAUAUGGUAAGGAGCCACGGUGGCACAGUCAGGUGCUUGGCUGCUAACCAAAAGGUUCGCAGUUCAAACCCACCCCAUGGCUCUGCAGGAGAAAGGCUGGAUGAGGUGCUUCCAUAAAAAAUGAUAGCCAAGAAAACCCUAUUGACCAGUCCUGUCAUAUGGGAUCGCUAUGAGUCAUAAUCUACUUAACGGCAUCCAACAACAACAGCUAAUAUUCUACCUGAAGAAAAAUGGAAAACGUUCCAUUAUGUUGAAUUUGAUUAAUGAAAUUUAGCAUUGUAACAUAAAACUACUUUAUGAUACAUUGAUGUAUCAAUAAGAGAAAAACUUGCCAUCUGUAAUCAACAAAUCUUAUCUAAUACAUUUAUAGUUAUUCUGGACAACAUUGUAACAACAGAGGAGAGCGGCACUAAUGAGAAUAAAGAAAAUCCUUAUUCAACCAGAAAAUUACAUCAAAAUGAUUUAAUCCCACACACCCUUGUAGCACAGCAGUGAUGCCUUGAGGCAGGUGACUAGAAAGGAUUCUAUCAGGGUAUUUUUUAUUUUAAGGCAUUGAUCAAAACUUCCACCCACUGUUGAGGUGAUCAUUUGUUUCUAAAUUUCCCCUCAGUUUGUGUGAUCCUAGAAUUCAAAAGAUAUUGCUGGAGGUCAACUGUAAACUGCAUGAAAUGUGUUUCACAAUUAAAAAAACAGUGGAAUAAUCCUUUUGUGUCUGUGUCUCUUACCAAAAUAGGUAAAAAAUUCCAGGAAGAUUUAUAUAAUAUGAUAUAAUAUAUAUGUACUUUGGGCAUGU